GCCGCGCCGAGUCGAAGCGAGUCGAGUCGAGUGGAGCCGACAUGGAAACAACAACAAGCAGCGACAGCAAAGCAGAUGAACCGCCCGCGGAUGAGGGGGUGGAGGAAGACCGGUCCAUGUCGAGGUCCGACAGCGGGAGCGGCGACGAUUCCCUGGACGGCCUCUCCGACCGCGCCCCUCGCUGCCCGUUGACCCCGUCCCUGUCGCCGCAGAAGCGGACCACGAGCCAGUCGAAGACGGAGCCACCGCUGCUCAGGACCAACAAGCGGACCAUCUACACGGCGGGCAGGCCACCGUGGUACAACGUCACCGGGACCACCUUCAAAGAGGCUUUCGUUAUCGGUCUGUGUGGAGGAAGCGCCUCUGGCAAAACCACAGUCGCCAAUAAGAUCAUCGAGGCACUGGACGUUCCCUGGGUGGUUCUGCUCUCCAUGGACUCCUUCUACAAGGUGUUGAAUAAAGACGAGCAGGAGCUGGCGGCCAAAAACGAGUACAACUUCGACCACCCCGACGCGUUUGACUUCGAGCUGCUCGUCACCGUCCUCCGGAAGCUGAAGAAGGGGAAGAGCAUCAAGGUGCCGGUGUACGACUUCACGUCUCACUGCAGACGCAAGGAAUGGAAAACCGUGUACGGGGCCAACGUUGUCAUCUUCGAGGGAAUCCUGGCCUUUGCCAACAAGGAGCUUCUGAAGCUUCUGGACAUGAAGGUGUUUGUCGACACGGACUCGGACAUCCGCCUGAUACGGCGGCUGAAGAGGGACAUCUCGCAGCGCGGCCGGAACAUCGGCGGCAUCAUCAAGCAGUACAACAAGUUCGUGAAGCCGGCGUUCGAGCAGUACAUCGAGCCCACGGUGCAGGUCGCCGACAUCGUGGUGCCCAGAGGUGGUGAGAACUUUGUAGCGUUGGACUUGAUUGUGCAGCACGUCCACAGUCAGCUGGAGAAGCGUGAGAUCACUGUGAGGUCGGCUCUGGCCUCGGCUCAUCAGGGCCAGCCUUUACCCAAAACCCUCAGCGUGAUGGAGAGUAAACCGCAGGUCCGCGGCAUGCACACCAUCAUCAGGAACAAGGAGACUAACCGCGACGAGUUCAUCUUCUACUCCAAGAGAUUAAUGAGGCUUCUGAUCGAACACGCCCUCUCCUUCCUACCUCUCAAGCCACUGUCAGUGGAGACGCCUCAGGGUGGCGUCUAUGACGGCAAGAGACUGAGCGGUAAACGAAUCACCGGCGUUUCAAUCCUGAGAGCAGGAGAGACCAUGGAGCAGGCUCUGAUGGCCGUGUGUAAAGACAUCCGACUGGGGAAGAUCCUCAUCCAGACCAACCAUGACACCGGAGAACCAGAGCUUCACUACCUCCGUCUGCCCAAAGACAUGAGCGAGGACUACGUCAUCCUGAUGGACAGCACCGUGUCCACCGGGGCGGCGGCUCUCAUGGCCGUCAGAGUGCUGCUGGACCACGAUGUGGCGGAGGACAAGAUCUUCCUGCUGUCCCUGCUCAUGGCGGAGAUGGGCGUCCACUCAGUGGCCUACGCUUUCCCCAAAGUCCGCAUCAUCACCACCGCCGUGGACAAGGAGGUGAACGACCAGUUCCACAUCAUACCAGGCAUCGGUAAUUUCGGAGACCGUUACUUUGGCACCGACGCUCCCUCGGACUUGUGUGAGAGCGAUGAAGGGAUGGACUUCUGAGGAGACGAACAGGACCAGGAUGUGGAGGGUUGUUGUCAAAAGCACUUAUCCAUUAAAGACUCUGUCGGCGUCAUCCCGACGACCCAGUGAGGUGAUGCUGUCACCCGAGGGGGGCUGGGACUGAUCAGGAGGUCAGCGUUAGGUCAGCGAGGAGCCGCUUUCAGUCCAUCCUCCGUUCUUGUUUACAGCAAAGUGUUAAGGCCUCAGAGUUUUUGUACGGUGUUACCUCUCCCGCAGGACGGUGGAUCUUUUCUGGCUCCCACAACGAAUAGUAAACUCCACUGCUCAACCUCGGCAGGAUGUUAAGCUUCGUGCUGAGGAAAAAUUGCUGGAGUAUGGUGCUGAAGCGUUUUCCGGUAAUGUGAUCGUGUUGCUAAAAGCUGCCGAGUCGACACCUCAGUCAGUUUGAGGACUCCUGCAGGAGUCCUUGGGUUUCUCUCAGGUUUAAGUCUCUCUGCCGCCGUCCUCAGCCAGAAGUCGUCCAUAACUCAGUGUUGGAGGAAAUCCAACCUGAGAGAGAGGUGGGAAGAUUUAAGCUGGAGAGCAGUGUUUUCGUUUUUAAUCAGCAGGUUUAACAGCAGGAGUAAGAAAGAAAGAAAAGAUCAAUCUGCUACGUCUAUUCAGUAAUAAUCCAGUUUUUGCACAAAAACAUAACCUAUAUCUUUUAAGACCAAUCUCUGUCAUGAGUAUUAAAUGGUCUGAAGGACAUUUACAGUUUAAUGUAACGUGUCCUCUCUUAUUAGAAGUGUUGAGUAAUUCCUUUUUUCUUAGCUUGAAGCUUUUUGGUAAGAAUCAUUAGUGUAUUAGAACUUAGGGCUCCUGCUACAGUUGUACUGUACUUAACUGUCAAAUGUUGUUUUUUUUACUCGGCCACCUUUUGCAGAAAGGGACGACAAUGAUCUGUACUUGAACUAGAAGAAAGAUGGAGGAGCAAAAAUCCCAGAGCCCUUACGAUAUCGAUAUCUCCUCCCACAUGAUCUCGUGAGGUCAAAUAUCAUUACUCUCAAACAGCGCUUAUGUUUAGCAGGAGAUGGGUGGAAUAUAAGAAUGUACGCUGUCAGUGGAGUUUAUUUUUCUCAUCUUUUUUGAGAAAGGAUGUAAAGCAGAGACUGAUCCAUACGAGACCCUCGCCCGUUAAGAUAAGAUAAUCCUUUACUUGUUCCACUAAGGGGAAAUAUAAGAAUUUGUUGUAGUAACCUUGUUUGAUGCUGGUUGUGGCCAAUUUUUUAAAAGGAAAAUGUUUUUAGUUAUUUAUUGUGUCUUUACAGAUUUGUUUUAAACUACAUCACAGAGCCAUAAUCUUAUAGUUUUUAGUGUUAAUAGGUUUUUAUGGACACUGACUGUCGGGCCGAUGCGUUCACUGACUCCAGGUUCAUACCAUAUGUAAAUAACUUGAAGGAAAUCACUUGAAAGAAACUUGUAUCUGUACUGUAUGUCACAUUGUUUUUAAUAAUAGUGUGUUUUUUAUUUUUUUUGUUUAUUGCUCAACAAUGUUUCUAAUUUAUUAAUUUUUAAGAAACAAACUGCGACGUCCAGACCAAGGAAUGACUUUUUCCACAGCCGAAGUUUGUCGCAGUCUGAGAAUCAUAGGUCCAUAGACAGAACAUCAUCUGCUUAAACAAUUAUUUUGAUUAUCGAUUUAUAGUUUUACGUGAUUUUUAAAAAAAAAAAGCGAAAAUGGCCCAAAAUAUUCUGUUUUUCCAGAUUUUCUAUUUUAUAUCAUGUUAAAACUAAAUAUCCUUGAGUUUUUAUUUGUUGGUGAGACAAAACAAGACAUUUAAACGCAUCAUCUUAGUCUCAGAGGAACUGGACUGGGAACAUCUAAUCUCACAUUAUGUUAUACAAUUAAUUUUUGAGGAAAAUUAUAUGCAGAUGAAUUGAUAAUGAAAAUAAUUAUAGUUAUCUGCAGGUAUUGUUUGGCAGGUCAACAUGGGAGAACCGUCCGUCAGUUUGUUUUUGUAAGUUUCAUUUCACUUGUAAAGAAUAAAAACAGAAUUAACACAACGUCA